AUGGCUGAAGCUGGUAAUUGGUGCUUGAUUGAAUCCGAUCCAGGAGUUUUCACGGAACUUAUUCGUGGUUUUGGGGUGACUGGUGUUCAGGUGGAAGAGCUGUACAGCCUCGAUAAAGAGUUAUUCACUGAUCUCAAACCUGUUCAUGGACUAAUAUUUCUGUUCAAGUGGCGCGCAGGUGAAGAACCGUGUGGCAAUUUAGUAACUGAUAACACAAAAAUUUACUUCGCGCAACAGGUAUUAAUCUUUCUUUAUCCAUUGUGUUGCAUUUUCCUUCCCUGA